AUGUGGGCGCCCCACGAGUCCGCGCCGCCUCCGCUCGACAUGGACAGCCGCUACACGAGCCCGGCGGGCGUCGGCGACUUGAACCAGCUGAGCGCGGCCAUCCCGGCCACGCGCGUGGAGCUGUCGGUGUCCUGCAGAAAUCUUCUUGAUAGAGACACAUUUUCUAAAUCUGAUCCAAUUUGUGUCUUAUAUGUACAAGGAAUUGGAAAUAAAGAAUGGAGAGAGUUUGGAAGAACUGAAGUGAUUGAUAAUACGCUCAAUCCUGAUUUUGUAAGAAAGUUUAUUCUGGACUACUUUUUUGAAGAAAGAGAGAAUCUUCGUUUUGAUUUAUAUGAUGUUGAUUCAAAGAGUCCCAACUUGUCCAAACAUGACUUUCUUGGACAAGUGUUUUGUACACUGGGGGAGAUUGUUGGUUCACAGGGAAGUCGCCUGGAAAAGCCAAUAGUAGGAAUUCCAGGCAGGAAGUGUGGCACAAUCAUACUCACGGCUGAGGAGCUAAACUGCUGCAGGGAUGCUGUUUUGAUGCAAUUUUGUGCAAACAAGUUGGACAAGAAGGAUUUCUUUGGAAAAUCAGAUCCUUUUCUUGUAUUUUAUCGAAGUAAUGAAGAUGGCAGUUUUACAAUUUGUCAUAAAACAGAAGUUGUCAAAAACACUCUAAAUCCAGUUUGGCAAGCAUUCAAGAUUUCAGUCAGAGCAUUAUGUAAUGGAGAUCAUGACAGAACAAUCAAAGUAGAGGUAUAUGACUGGGAUCGAGAUGGGAGUCACGAUUUCAUUGGGGAAUUUACAACAAGCUAUAGGGAACUUUCUAGAGGACAAUCACAAUUCAAUGUAUAUGAGGUGGUGAAUCCCAAAAAGAAAGGAAAAAAGAAAAAAUAUAUUAAUUCAGGAACAGUAACUUUACUAUCUUUCUUAGUAGAAACAGAAGUUUCAUUUCUGGACUACAUUAAAGGAGGAACACAAAUCAACUUCACAGUAGCUAUUGAUUUUACAGCAUCAAAUGGCAACCCUGCCCAGCCCACUUCUCUCCACUACAUGAAUCCUUACCAGCUGAAUGCCUAUGGCAUGGCACUGAAGGCAGUGGGAGAAAUUGUUCAAGAUUAUGACAGUGAUAAGAUGUUCCCAGCCCUAGGUUUUGGUGCAAAACUGCCUCCAGAUGGGAGGAUAUCUCAUGAAUUUGCUUUGAAUGGCAACCCUCAAAAUCCCUACUGCAAUGGCAUUGAAGGAGUUAUGGAAGCUUACUACAGAAGUUUGAAAUCUGUACAAUUAUAUGGACCAACUAACUUUGCCCCUGUCAUUAACCAUGUAGCAAGAUAUGCUUCUUCUGUGAAGGAUGGCUCUCAGUAUUUUGUGCUCCUGAUUGUGACAGAUGGUGUGAUUUCAGAUAUGGCUCAAACUAAAGAAUCUAUAGUUAAUGCCUCAAAACUUCCCAUGUCAAUCAUUAUAGUAGGUGUUGGACCAGCAGAAUUUGAUGCAAUGGUCGAAUUAGAUGGAGAUGAUGUAAGAGUCUCCUCCAGAGGAAAAUAUGCUGAAAGGGACAUUGUGCAGUUUGUGCCAUUCAGGGACUAUAUUGACAGAAGUGGAAAUCACAUCCUGAGCAUGGCCCGACUGGCUAAAGACGUCCUCGCUGAGAUCCCGGAACAGUUUCUCUCCUAUAUGCGGGCCAGAGGAAUCAAGCCUUCACCUGCACCUCCCCCAUACACCCCGCCUACACAUGCACUACAGACACAAAUAUAACUGCUCUUGGAUCUAAAACUGACUACACACCAAUCAGAGCUGCCAUGUUGAUGUUUUGUGCCUGGUGCUAUGCCAUGACCCAAGGAAUCAGACAUGUUUUCUCAGUUUGGUUUCAGCAGUACUAGAUAAUGUGCAUUCUUGGAUCCAAAAGUCAUUCUCUUCCUAAACCAAAACUGUAAAUACGGUUGUUGCAUGAGCAACAAAAAAGUGUUUAAAUGCUUGAAGCAAAGUGCAGAUGUUUCUCUGAAUCUUCACUUUUUUUUUUUUCUUGAUAGACUAGCUAAAUUCCAAUAUACUUUGGGAGAAAAGCACAAGCUGUUUUUAGCUCAAGUAUUGUCCUUGACUACUAAAUGUAUAAGACAGCAGUCUGUGUAUCAAUGUUUACAUGUUACUAUUUUUUAAAAUUUCAAUACUUUUAUAACUGUUCUUAUGAAUAAGUUUUAAAUAUUGAAUCCUUUGUCUUCUAAAUUGCAAUAGCUAUAAUCACAAGAGCAAUAUCUCUUUGAAUUACUGUCUGGACAAAGUUACAGAUAAAGUGAAAAUGAUACAUAUUUCACAAAACUACAUUGUCUUAAGAAGCUGCAUCUGCUCAGUGGGUAAUAUUAAUCUGCAGUAUUUGCUGAGUAUGGGAUCCUAGCAGCUACAUAUCCUACAAGAACAUAUUUUUUUCCCAUGGAUUUUGGGCUCUAAAUUUAGACUUCAGUCAGUUUAUUUUUUGUAACACGAAGUAGAAGCAAUGAAAAGUUAAAUAUUGUGACCUGUAAAUGCACAGAAUAUCCUUUGUGUAAAAAGUAGCAUCCUUAUAUUAUAAUGUUAUAUAGAAAGACUCAACCAAGAAUAUUUAACUCUGAACUAUGUAACAAAUGUUUUAAACUAAUUAUUCCAUUAUAUCUUGUCUAGAUAUUUUAAUUCAAAGGGACAUCAGCUCUCUUGAUUGGGAUUCAUUGCUAUCACCAUUCCACUUUGUCAUACAGGUGUACAGGCUGGAGACUUCUGAAAUUCCCAGUUCAAUAUAUAUGACAACAUAACUUAGUGCACAACACAUUUGUAAAAUAACUCCUAUAUCCUGACCUGCCUGUGCACAAUUAAUUAUAAACAUUUUUGCAUGUGUAUUUUUUACACAAAUUACAGUUUUGUGAAGUUGUGUCUAAAUCAAAGAAUUUAUUUAGAAAAAAUGGCCUUAAAUUCUCAAAAAAUUCCUGGAAAUGAUUGUGAAUUGCCUUCAGAACAUAGAAAAGUGUAUUUUUCUUUUUGUGUCAACAUUGUAAGUGCUUUAUAAUAUUUUUCCUUACCUAUACUCUAUUUACUACUUGCUUUAUUUCUACUGUAUGCCAUUCUCUUGUCCCAGCUUGACCUAAGGUGACAUUUUAUAAGCAUGAAACUAUUUUACUGGAAAAUAUAUAUAUACAUAUCUAAUGAAAUAACUUAUAUAACUGCAAUAUUAAAUUUGUCCAUUUUUAAAUAUAUAUUAAAAUCUUUAAAAUGGUAA